ACUGACAAUACAUGACACUAUUUGAUAUGUUUUAAAACACAAAAGAUUAGAUUAAAAUUAUGGUAAACGUGGGAAUAAAUGGAUUUGGAAGAAUUGGAAGGCUUUUGGUUCGAAUAGCUUUGGACCAAUGUGGCAAAGGCACUGCAGGUUCUGAUUCACCUGUAAUCGCUAUAGUGAACGAUUCCAAUUUAUCACCACAAUGCAUGGGAUAUUUAUUCAAAAACGACUCGUUCUAUGGAUCAUUUAAGAGGGAAAUUAUAGAAAUGGAUAACUGUAUUUUACUUAACGGCCAAAGAAUAGAAGCUGUACAUGAAAGUAACAUAACGAAAAUUCCCUGGAAUAAAGGUUGCCCUGUAGAAUACAUAAUUGAUACGACAGGAAGAAAUAUAUCUUGUGCUUCUGCAUCUCAACAUCUGCGAGAGUCCGUUAAAAGAGUAAUAGUAACAGGAAAUGCAGAUAUUCCAAUAUUCAUUAUGGGAGUAAAUCAUACGUGUUACAAACCGGAUAUGAAGACUGUAUCUGUGUCAUCUCCUAGUUUAAACUGUUUAGCAGCCAUGUUGAGAGUGGUUCACGAAAAUUUCAAAGUAGAAAAAGCCAUGGCAACUGCGAUUCUUCCUCUGACCAACAGCGACAAAAUCCUGGACGACAACGGCGGUUCCGUGUGUCGAGAAAGUCGUUCUGCCAUCGUCAAUUUCCUACCAGUCGGAUCGGCCGCUCCUGGCCGCUACGUGUCCAGAGUGAUGCCCGAACUCGAAGACAAAGUCGAAUCUACGGCCGUUAAAAUACCCGUACCGUGUGUAGGAGCCGUAGACUUAACCGCCAUCUUAGGAAAACCGGCCAGCUACGAUUUGGUAGCUGCCAAAAUAAAGGAGGCCGCGGAUUGUUACAUGAAAGGUGUGAUCCGGUAUAGCGUUGAAGACUUGGUUAGUUCGGACAUCGUCGGAGAUCCGCAUUCGUGCGUGUUCGACUCGAAAGCUGGCUUAGGAUUGGGCAAGAAUGCCGUCAAGCUGUUCGGGUGGUACGACGCGGAGUACGCGUAUGCGCAUCGGUUGUACGACUUGCUGAAGUACGUGAUAUCUAGGGAGGUGUGUCUGAAGUGAGAUAUAGUUUUGGUUUAUAUACGGGUAUUUUAUUGUAUUUGGAAAUAAAAACAAUUUUUUUA